UAGAGCACCAGAAAGCCUAUUUGCGCACGCGCGCCCGUUCUUCUUCCUUUCCGACACUCGAGCGAAAAGAGACAAGAUGGGCCAUCAGCAGCUCUAUUGGAGUCACCCCAGAAAAUUCGGACAGGGAUCCCGCUCCUGCCGAGUGUGCUCUAACAGACAUGGCUUGAUCCGUAAAUACGGGAUCAACAUGUGCCGCCAGUGCUUCAGGCAGUACGCUAAAGACAUCGGCUUCGUUAAGCUGGACUAAGAUGUCUUGUGCCGAUGUCCUCGGAUGGGUCAAGUUGUCAUUGGAAGUCUGACCAUGAUGGGAUAAUUCAGCAAUGCAAAUAAAUUGUUUUUUUGUCCAAUU